AUGCCCCUGAGCUGCUACAACUGCGGAGAGAGGCACAAGGCAGUCAGCUGCCCGCAUGCGUGCUGGCUCUGCGGACAGAGCGGGCAUCCGUGCACAAAGUGCACGGCAGGCGAUGAGACUGGCGUCCGAGCGCUCUUUGCAGAGCUCGCCGGAAGCGAGGGGCGAGUGAGCAACAGCGAUCUGAGGCGGAAGCUUGAGGAAUGGGGACUUCCGGAACAUCGGGCGGAUGACGUGUUUCGCGCGGCGAGACCAAAGGCUGGAGCGUAUCUGACCGAGGACGAGUUUGUGGCGUAUGCCAUGGCCCGGCUGAGAUACAUGAGGCACUUGUUUGAGGACAUGGACGCGUCGGGCUCGGGCUCGAUCAACCGGCAUGAGCUGCGGGCGGCGCUCAAGGUGCUCCGGCUCGAGCCGACCGAGGACGAUGUGCGGGCCAUGAUUGCCAAGAUCGACAAGCCGUCGGGCGUCGGCGCCAAGGUCCCACCCAACGGCAAGAUCGAGUGGCACGAGUUUCGCGACUUUAUGGUCCUUGUCUCGCCGACGGGCCGCUUCCUCGACUUUACGCCACUCGCCGAUCAGUGGCUCACGGUCUCGCACGAGGAGUUUGCCGGGAUGGGCUCCGGGCGGAGCGCCGCGGCGACCGGCCCGGCGUCGCGCAACAAGGCGUACACGGCGAUCAACGGUGGCUUUGCGCUCGGCUUCUCACGGUUCUGUGUGGCGCCGCUGGAGCGGCUGCGGAUGCAGAUGAUUGUCGACUCGACAAAGUACAAGGGCACGUGGGACUGCUUCCGCUCCAUCUACCGAGCCGAGGGUCUUGCCGGCUACUGGCGCGGCAACACGGUGAACAUGAUCCGCAUUGUGCCGCAAGGCGCAGUCGCCUUUGUGGCCAAGGACUUUUUUAAGGAGCUCUUUGGCGGCUCGUCACCCAACUCGCUGCAGCUCGCGCUCGCGUCGAUGGCGGCAGGCGCGACAUGCAUGUCGGCCAUCUACCCGCUGGACUUGGCCCGCGGCGUGGCGGCGCUAUACAAGGGCAUCGGCCCGGCCAACGUGUGGGCGACGGUCUACUAUGCCACCUCGUUCUGGACCUUUGACACGCUCAAGGCCGCCUACAACGAGCACGUGGCGACGGACGAAGCGUCCAAGGCCGGGCCCAUGGUUGGCCUCGGCAUCGGCGCUGUGGCAGGCAUCGCCUCGACCACUGCCGCCUUUCCGCUCGAGCUUGCCCGCCGUAAGCUCCAGAUGCAGGGCACCGGCGGCCGCCCCGUGCAAUACACAGGCCUUACCGACGUCCUGGUCAAGGUCAGCAAACGGCGCGGCGUUCUCUCGCUCUUCUCCGGCCUCAAGGCCAACCUCAUCAAGUCGCCGCUCGGAUCAGCCAUUGCCUUUUGGGCGUACGAGACGGUCAACAAGGCACUCGACGUCUAUCUCCCCGAGCACAUGCGGUAA